AGCAAUAAUUGUGUGUUGGAAACAGAAAGAAGCAUAUAGAGUGAGUGAGGUGGAACAGGCUUUCAAUUAACGUGCAAUCCUCUUUUGCUGCCUUCAUUCGUGACUUUCCCUGCCAACAACAAUAACAUUAUUUAUUUAUUUUGAAUGAUGCGAGAAUAUGCAACUGUGUACGAAUACAAUUUAGGUCCGAUAAAACAAAUCACAAUAAGUGAAUCAUUGUGCAGCAGGUGGAGUAGAAGUGUUUUAUUAGGCUGUAUUUUAUGUAAAAGUUAUAAUUUGGUAUUAAUACAUAAUUAUUUUACUAUAAAUAGUACUUGGUUGACAAGGACAAACGAGAGGUUAUAUUAGAAUAUUUAUUAUAUCAAAACAUAGUAAAAAUUAAAAAAAAAUUACAAAAAUACUUCAAUUAGUAUUUUAUACAUACCUUAUUGAGUAUAACUAAAAACUUUAAAAAAAAAGGAAAAAAGCCCUAAAAAGAAUAGUGGUGGCUGGAAAGGCAGUGCUUAUGUAACUGCUCACGAGGAAGCCUCUUCACACCAUACACUACUAAUUCCCUGCGCUGCUGUAAUAUGUUGUACUCUACACUUAUUUAUUUAUUUAUACUUAUACGUAUACGUCUAUACAUAUACCGUAUACUUAUACGUAUACAUAUUCAUCACUUCCACCUGAAUCCGUUCCUGGAAAAAAAAACAAUCGUUUCUACUCAUCUUUGGGGAUCCAUUUUUCAUGGAGGAGGAAUUUUCCGGCGCCAAUUAUCCGGCGGCGGCGAUUGCCAAGGCGAAGAGGAGCAAGCGCCUCCGGCCGCCGCCGUCGUCCUCCACAUCCUCAACCAGCGGCGGUGGGGAGAUUAUUAGCCCUUAUUCGCUCGUUUCGUCGAGCACUAAUGAAGAAGACGAGGACAUGGCUAACUGCUUGAUUCUUCUGGCUCAUGGCGCAGGCGGUCGGAGUUCGCCGGCCGGCGGAGGUCAUGUUCAAUUACGAACCAGUGAAAUUUCCGACGGCAGUUAUGAGUGCAAAAGCUGCAGUAGAAGUUUCCUUUCGUUUCAAGCAUUAGGCGGCCACCGGAAUUUCCAUAAGAAGCCUAAGUCGCCGCUGUCUGCUCCUCCUCCUCUGCCGCCGUCGCCGGAAAAAUUCGGCGCGGUUGUUGGAUCGCGAUUGAUGAAAAACAGAUCUAAAAUUCACGAGUGCAGUCUCUGUGGAUCGAAAUUUGGCUCUGGCCAGGCGUUGGGCGGCCAUAUGAGAAGGCACAGGUCGGAAACUACGGUGGCGGCGAAGAAGGAUUCUCCGGAGAAGAAGACCGGCGCGGUAUUGGAAUUGGAUCUGAACCUGCCAGCGCCGCCGGCGGAAGAUCGCCGGGAUGAGGAAUCCGAUCAGUUGUCGUCGAACGAGCGGCGGCGGCUGGUUUUCUCUGCGGCGUCGCUGGUGGAUUGCCGCUACUGAGCCGGGAGGGAAGGGAUGUCGGCAGUUUAAGAUAAUACUACCAAAUAUUAUAUUAAAAAAAAAAUCUUAUUAUUUUUUAAUACGAAUUCUUUGUUAGUAUUUUAAAUAAUUUUUGUUGUAAGAUAUAAGUAUUAUAUAGAAUAAGAUUUUAUACUCCUCUAGAGUGUUAACCGAAAACAAAAACAAUAAUUGA